CGGCGUUAACGCGGAGGCGGUGCCGGGCGCGGCGCAUCGCGGGGGAUGCUGCGGGCGGGGGCCGCCGCUGUUCAGCCCCGGUACCGGUCCCGGGCCGGAGGGCGCCCGCUGAGCCCGGCCCGGCCAUGGGGGCUCUGACCAGCCGGCAAAACGCAGGGGUGGAGGAGGUGGACGUACCCGCUAAUUCCGUCUAUAGGUACCCCCCGAAAUCCGGGAGCUACUUUGCCAACCACUUCAUCAUGGGAGGCGAGAAGUUUGACUCGACGCACCCUGAGGGUUACCUCUUCGGAGAGAACAGUGACCUCAACUUCUUGGGGAACCGGCCUGUGGUGUUCCCUUACGCUGCUCCACCUCCUCAGGAACCCGUGAAGACCCUCCGGAGUCUGAUCAACAUCCGCAAGGACACCCUGCGCCUUGUCAAGUGUUCGGAGGAGGUGAAGACUCCAGGGGAAGAGGUCAGCAAAGCCAAGGUGCACUACAACGUGGAGUUCACCUUCGACACCGAUGCCCGUGUGGCCAUAACCAUCUACUACCAGGCCAGCGAGGAGUUCCACAAUGGGGUGGCGAGCUACAUCCCCAAGGACACCAGCCUGCAGUCGGAGACGGUGCAUUACAAGCGGGGUGUGUGCCAGCAGUUCUGUGUGCCCUCCCACACUGUUGACCCCUCAGAAUGGACCGAGGAGGAGUUGGGCUUUGACCUGGACCGGGAAGUGUUUCCUAUGGUGGUGCAUGCAGUGGUGGAUGAAGGCGAUGAGCACGCCGGGCACAGCCACGUCCUGCUGGCAACCUUUGAGAAGCACGCUGAUGGCACUUUCUGUGUGAAGCCCCUCAAGCAGAAGCAAGUGGUGGACGGGGUGAGCUACCUCCUGCAGGAGAUCUAUGGCAUCGAGAACAAGUACAACACGCAGGACUCCAAGGUCGCUGAGGAUGAGGUGAGCGAUAACAGUGCUGAGUGCGUGGUCUGCCUCUCGGAUGUCCGUGACACCCUCAUCCUGCCCUGCCGCCACCUCUGCCUCUGCAAUACCUGCGCUGACACCCUGCGCUACCAGGCCAACAACUGCCCCAUCUGCAGGCUGCCUUUCCGAGCCUUGCUUCAAAUCCGAGCCAUGAGGAAAAAGCUGGGACCCCUCUCACCCACCAGCUUCAACCCCAUCAUCUCCUCACAGACCUCUGACUCUGAAGAGCACUCGGUCAGCGCUCAGGAGAGCUUCGGGUGCCCCACCGGGUCCUCAGAGAACAUCCCCCCAGGCUACGAGGUGGUGUCGCUGCUUGAAGCCCUCAAUGGGCCCCUGACGCCCUCGCCGGGUGCAGGGCCGAUGCGGAUGCUUGGGGAGGGUCCCCCCGGUGCAGGACCACUGCCCUCCUAUAGCAGUACCGGCCGCCUGCCCCCCCUGCGGGCCCUCUCGCCCCUUGAGCGGCUCUCAGAAUGUGCCCCACCAGGGCUCAAGCUGAAGAAAAGCAUCUCCAAGUCAGUAUCUCAGAACUCCUCCAUCCUGCCCGAAGAGGAGGAUGAGAAGUCGUGUACUGAGUCAGAGCCCAGGGUCCCCAGGAGGAAAUCUCCUGCCAGGCUGGAGGAGGAGUGUGGCAUGACACCGGAGAGUGAGAACCUCACGCUGUCCUCAUCGGGAGCCAUUGACCAGUCCUCAUGCACCGGGACCCCGCUGUCCUCCACCAUCUCAUCUCCAGAAGAAGCUGCCAGCAGCAGCCUGGCCCAGUCCGUCAUGUCCAUGGCCUCCUCCCAGAGCCAACACUCACAGAUCAGCACCGACACCAUCUCUUCCAUGUCCGGCUCCUACGUGGCCCCUGGAACAGAGGAAGAAGGGGACAUGCUCCCCUCGCCUGCAGCCGCCAGUGCCACCAACUCUGAUGGAGAGUCGACACCUGUGGAGUCCCCAGAUUUAAACUUUGUCAGCAUCUCAGCUGAGGAGCACGAUGCUGAGGGCAAUGACGUGCUGGAGGAUGAGGAUGUGUCACCCACACAGGAAGAUGGCCCGAGGACAGGCGCUUUCCUCGGUCUGAGGUGUGACAAUAACAAUGACUUGGGCAUCGCACACGUGAAAGCGCUGGACAAUAAACUGUGCUCUGAGGCCUGCUUACCUGCUGCAGUUCCGGACUCCUGCCCCAUUGACAUUGAGGAAUAGGCCCAGAGGCAGCCAACACCAAUGUGUGGCUCUGUGCUCCCCCCGGCACCAGCCACCCGGAGCAGGCAGCAGCCAUGGGAGCACUGCCCAUGGGUGGGCUCAGCCUGGGGGACAUGCAGCCCCCUGCCAUACACAGAGAGUCCCAGGCACUGCCACCUCCACCUCCGGCCAUUGGAAUGAUGGUAACCUCGAAUUUUCCCCCCUGUCCCCCACUGCAGGACGGCCGGGUGUCACCUCCAAACCCCUCCAUCAGCACCUUCCCUUUUACACACCAAGGUUGGGCUGGGGUCCUUCCUCCUGCCCUAUGUGGGGUCUCGGGGUAUUGGCCAGAGGGGAACGAUGGCACAGAAGUGCCCACAGUUGUGUGUGAAGGAUCAGUGUCAGCAUUGGCAGCCAAGGUUCACUCUGGUGACCGUGGUGGGAGGCUGGACCCCCCCGGGAUGCUGACACGUCCCCAUGCCGUGCCAUGGGAUGCCCCCACCGGUGGUGAUGGAGCUCUCCCCCAUCCCCUCUCUCCUCCUGGGGCAGCGUGUGGGUUCCCAUAGGGUGGCUUUGUGUGCAGGGAUGGGGCCAUCACCAGCUGAACUUCACUGUCUUCCACCACACUACGAGCUCGGGGCUGUGCCCUCUGCCUGGAACAAGUGCCAAAGUGUCACCCAGUCACCCAGCCCAAUCUUAACAUCACACUGAGAAGCAGGGGUGGACAAAGGGGAUGGGAGCUGCAACCCCCCCCCUCCAUCCCCAUCUCCUGCAGCCAGUGCUGGGCUGCACACAUGGGUUAGGGGUCCAGAGAGGUGCAGGGAUGCAGCCAUACAACUCUGGGGACCUCAGCAUCCCAACACAUGUGACUUAUGGGGGGGUUGCAGGCAGCCAUUGCUCCGGAGGGUCCUGGCAGGUGAGCAGUGGGCUUUCCUGGCUGCACACCCCCCCCCCCCAUUCUCCCUCCGCCCCCCAUCAGGGAUAUUGAAGAGAGAACAAACACCCAGAUCGCUGCUUCCGACUCUGCUUCCAGCAUGUGAUGGGGUCCAAGAGUACUGUUAAUAAAGGUUUAUCUUACGUCCA